UGGAAGAAGUUGUAAGGAAGGCCAACAAUGAUUGGGCGGAGUUUAAGAAAGGCAUGCAGAGGAAGUUUAAGUUAGGGGACGACCUGCUCACAAUCGAACAUCUCUAUAACAUGAAUAGGGACGACCUCACGACGAUCAGGGCAUUUGCCAACGCCUUUGAAAAGACAGCCGAAAAGGUCCCAGGGUUGUCCGAAGAAAUGCAAUGCGUCAUAUUCCUGGGAAAAUUCUCUGGGUAUGAGGCCAUGAAACUGACUCGAGGAGGAGCAACGGGUAGGAAAACGACUUGGGAAACCAUUAAGAGGAAUAUUGUUGUCGGGGAUUUAGAUCAGGUGUUUCAUCACCAGGUCAAAGUCGAACGAAGGAAGGAAAAGGCAGUUGGAACGGUCCAAGGAACAGAUAAUGUGCUAGAAGGGGUAUUGAGCAACAUGGCAAACGAGAUAAAAAAACUUAGGGAGAGGGUGUCAUCAACAAAGGUGUUAACAGUGACGCAGCCGUCAGGAAAGAGGAAGAAGGAAGAAGAAGAUGAAGAAGGCGAGGUUGAAGAAAAGGAUCAAUGCGAGGUUGAAGAAGAGGAUCCGGAGGAGGCUAUCAAGUUGACGAAGUGUCAAAGGAAAGCUAGGAAUAUAGCCAUUGGAGGCCAAGGCUCAGACGGCGACGUAUUCGACAAAAGGGGAAAGAUGAUUGACCCGAAUAUUCCGGGUGGCAUGAGAGAAGAAGCCCUCCGAGUGACUGAACUUGGCCCUAACACUCCGACAAUGUUCCGAAUCUGGGAAGAAUGGGAGGACCCUGUUGUACAUGUGGAAGAUAUAACGGAAUUAGAAGAGAAGAUGAGCAAAAUGGGGAUCGAAGAAAACAAGGAAGACUUUUCCCUCGUUGAAGAAGAAGCGGAGGAGGAAGAUGUUAGCAUCAAUGCCAGGGAAACAUUUGAUAGAAUGGAGGACCUGGUGGACAAAAUGCAAAGACUACAUCUAAGGCUUCGAGAGAUAUGUGAGGAAGCUGUGAGAGAAGGGAUUGGAUAUCCAAGGGUGUUUACCAUGGGACGCGAAGGAACAGGAGAUGGACCAAAUGAGCCCAACCUGCAAAUGUUAAGGGUCAAUAUGGCCGCGAAGAAUAACCAGGGUCAGAAGAAUGUGAGGGGUUCGAUUCCGUUUGCUACAAGGAGACCGCAGGAGGUUCAAGCGAAUGAUGAAGGAGGUGUGGUGAAAGCGGGCGAAAUAGUAAUUGGGGAUGACUAUGAGUUUGAUGAAGAGAAAAAGGGAGAAUUUGAGCAAGGUGAGAUCUCAGAGGAAUUCCGAAAGGAAGAGUACGACGGAUUCUAUCUAGAAACGAGGUUGCUCCUCUCAGGAGAGAAAAGAGAGAGAGGAGUUAGUAAGAAGACUCUCCGGAUGAGGGAUCAUUACGUGACAAUAGGGAUCUUCCCAAGGGAUGAGAUUGAAGAUGAUAUGAUAUUUGAUGGGACGAACCUGGAUGAGUUUGUUGACAGUUUACAGCUGUCUGCGGAGAGAGGAGGAUGGAGUGAUGAGGAGAAAAAAAAGAGAUUGAUUGAGAGGACAGAGGAGAGUGAGAAAGAGGAAGUGAAGAGGAUUGUGGAAGAGAGUUGCACUUGGCAGAGGAUAAUGAUAAAACUACAAAUGGUGUAUACCCAGGUGAGGCAAGACCAAACAAGAAAGGAAAGAUUGCAAGAGAAUAGAUUGUGGAUUGAAAGAGAAAUGGAUGAGCAGCAGAGAAGGGCACAAGAGGAUGAAGAAGAGGAGGAUAUGCUCUUGAGAAACUUGAGAAGCAAGCCAAUGACUUUUCCCAAGGACGGAAGCAGAGGAUCUGACCAGACAAGGGAAGGAGAGAACGAAGAACGGGAGGUGGCAGUGAAAAGGAAAAGAGGUCAGGGAACGAGUGAGGCACAGAUAGAGAGAAGGGUUGAAGAAAGAAAAACAGUUGAGGUUGAGAGGGAAGAAGUGGAGGAAAGAAUAAGUGAGAAGGAAGAAGGAGCAAGAAAAGAAAAGGGGGAGGAAGAAAGAAAGAGGGUUCAAGAGGGAGACAAGGCUCCAAGGACCGAGAGAACUAAGGGAAAGGGACCGAUUGGAGAUGGAAAAGAAAUGGAAAGAAAUAGGGGUGAGAAAGAGGUAAGACCAAAAAGGGGCGAGGAAGUGGAAGCUGAGGAGGCAGAAAAGAGAAAAGUGGAAUGUGGAGGUUCAUCCCAGCUAAGAUGGGAGGUGAAGAAAGGGCAGAUAAGUAAAGAAGAGAGAGCUCAGCGGGAGAAGAAGAAGAAAGGAUGGAGGUAUUAUAUGAUCAGGAUGCUGCAAGAUGAUGACGUGCUUGUAAACUCAUCUUGGGAUGUUAGGUUUGAAAGGAUGCUCCUCUCAAAGCUGGUGGUAAGCACCAAACAUUCCACCAACUUACAAAAACUAAUGGGGCCGCAUGAGAUGCUAGAUGAAAAGUGCACCAGACACUUUGAGGAAUAUGCUGAGGUUGCAAGGAAGUUGGGGAAAAUGGAAGGAGGAGAAGAAAAGAGAGAGAUUGGAGAAAACCUGAAUGCGAUGGGAAGAGGACUUCAGGAGGAACUCAAGGAAAGCACAUAGCUCUUCACCCAAGGGUUUUUGGACUAUAUCCCAAGGCUCUUGAAGA